GGUUACUCUUCACUUCACACUUCACGUUCAGGGAGUCGCUUCCGAGCCUCCGGUUCCCCCUCCCCGCUGCGCUUGUUUGCACUGAGGUUACACCGGGGGAGCAGUGCACGUCAGCGGACGAGUAGUAGAGGAGAUUACGGAGCCGUGCGUGUGAAUGGACUGAGGUUAUAAGGCACCAGGGGAGCCGUGCACGUCAAACCUGCUCUGCAGCAUCAAUAACACCUAUAUCACCGUGCAGCAGCAGCAUGCAGUGAGAGGAGUCCUUUCUGAUGCUUCCCCACACCAGACAGUGAAAGAAGGGGUCGGAGGGGAGGAGGGCAGGAGGGAUAUAUGGGAGAUUUGCUGGAUUUUCAUCACCCCGUCGUUGCAAACUUGUGUCCGGGAUGGGGAAGGAGCAGGAGCUGCUGGAAGCCGCCCGGACUGGGAAUGUCGCCCUGGUUGAGAAAUUGUUGAGUGGGAAGAAGGGGAUACUGGGGUCAGGCUCUGGCUCCAUCCCUCUGCCGAACCUACUGAGCAUGUGGAAGGGCCUGAAUGUCAACUGCACAGACAGCUCAGGAUAUACACCUUUACAUCAUGCUUCACUUAAUGGACACAGGGAUGUGGUACUGAAGCUGCUACAGUUUGAGGCGUCCACAAAUGUGGCGGACAGCAAAGGUUGCUUCCCGCUGCACCUGGCUGCCUGGAGGGGAGAUGUGGACAUCGUCCGUAUCCUCAUCCACCAUGGACCCUCGCACUGUCGGGUCAACCAACAGAACCAUGAGAGGGAAACGGCGCUUCACUGUGCAGCUCAGUAUGGACACUCUGACGUGGUCUCAGUGCUGCUUCAGGAGCUGACUGACCCCACGAUGAGAAACAGCCGACAGGAGACGCCUCUGGACCUGGCAGCGCUAUAUGGACGGCUGCAGGUGGUGCGCAUGCUGGUGAGCGCUCACCCCAACCUCAUGACCAGCCACACACGCCGACACACUCCGCUUCACCUGGCUGCGCGUAAUGGACACCACAGCACUGUCCAGACCCUGCUCGAGGCUGGCAUGGAUGUCAACUGUGCGACAGAGAAUGGCAGUGCCCUCCAUGAGGCAGCUCUCUUUGGGAAGAUGGAUGUAGUUCGCCUCCUGCUUGACUCAGGGAUUGAGACCAAUCUGAGAGAUAGUCAAGGGAGAACAGCUCUGGAGAUCUUGAGGGAACAUCCUGCACCGAAAUCCCAGCAGAUCACUGCUCUUAUCCAAGAGUAUAUGAUGGAUGAGAUGGAGAAGAGGAGUAUCGUUGAGGAGCCUGUUCGCAAGUGUCCCAUCCCAGCACCUCGAACCUCUGUCCCCUCGCCCUCUGCCUCUCCCUCCCUCAGACAUAAGAAUGAUGCUGUGACAAGUGAGCUGUCAAAACUGCUCCAUGAGAUUAAAAAGUGCCGGGACAGGGACUACUCCUUCGAGGAGCUCUGCCACACCAUCUCCUCCCACUCCAUGGACAGCUUUGGGAGCGGGCGGCUCUCUGACGAAGAUCACCCGGAUCGACCCAAUGGCACCCUGACUCGAAGCUCAUCCACACACCUGCCUCCUGGGAGCCAAACACUGGAGGAAGAUGAGGCAGACAAGAGUUGUGGCCCCACUGGAUUCUGGGAGGCCCUGACACCCUGCAAUGGGUGCCGCAACCUGGGAUUCUCCAGCCUCUCGCAGCAGGCAUAUGACUCAAAGCGUUCCGCAGAGAUUGUCACAUCACCAUCUCUGGAUGUUUUCCUUCCAGAGGACGAAGACAACCCGUAUGAGUCUGUGACCACCGCCGUCACACGCAAACCCUGCUCACUCGAUAUCAACCUCCGGCUCAAUGCCUGUCCCCGCAAUGGUCACUUGUCCCAUGUAACGGCGAGUGAGGGGGAGCACAGUAACCAUGGCAACUGCUCAACGGGCCCCACUCCAGACUGCUCACCCCCCUCCCCCGACACGGCCCUGAAGAACAUUGAGAGAGUCAUCCGCCCACAGCCCAAGCAGCGUACCUCUCUGUCCUCAUCCCUGGACGUCCAGAGGCCAGUCAACCACAGCUGUGAGCCCAGUGAGGUGAGCUCGUCCCUGGGCUACGCCAGCUUCAGCACGAGCCCCCCUGCCAGCCCUCCCCUCAGCCCCAACCAGGAAGACUCUGCAGGCUCCAACGACGACUGUCAGCUCACUGACGACGGGCCGUACCAGCGAGACCCGCCUCCCCCUCCUCCUCUCUGUUCUUCCUCCACAUCAAACGCUCUGUUGGAGGAGCGAAGGAAGAGCCACAUCCCAGAGGAGUUUGCAGGCCUUCUUCAUGGAUCAUCCCCAGCCUGUGAGACCCCUGAUACACCUUACCAUCUUUACAGUCCCAAACCUCGUAAAUAUGCCUCUACAGAUGUCCAGAGCAGUUUGCUGCAAACCCCAGAGUUCAGCAUCGUGAUUGGAGGAGGACCCACUCAGGUCUUCUCCAGGACAGGGAGUGAGUCGUCGCCACAGAGGACCGCCAACGACCCCCAAAAGCCGCAGGUGGUGUACCGGACUAUCUUCCACACCAGGGUCAACCAGGACCAGGCUCGACCUAAGAACUGCAAUCAGUUAGAUCCACCGCGUGGGUGGUCUACACUAGACCGCCCACCCUCCUACUCCUCUGGUCAAAACAGGGAAGUUCCAGUAGGUGUGCCAAAGGACAGUUCAUCUGGGCCUGGCUACGAAGAGAGGGCUUGCACCCUGGGGAGGAUGAGGUCUAUGCCCCGCAGUGUGUUGGACUUGCAGUUGUCCAAGUCUCUGUCCAAGUCUGAUUCCAACCUGGUAGCUGUAUCUCCCAUACAGGAGGAGCAUAGUUGGGGGUCUGGAUCUCGGGGCCAGGGGCCUGGAAGUCCAAGCCCAGGAGAGGGAGCCAGCCCAGGGGGAAGACUGGAGAGAACGCCCUCCUUUACUGCUGAGUGGGAAGAGAUCGACAAGAUAAUGAGCUCUAUUGGGGCAGGAAUAGGCAGUGGAUUGGACAUCAAGGAGGACAUCUCAGGUCCCCGCUGCCCGCUGCAGUCUGUGGGCCAGUGGCUUGACUCCAUCGGCCUGGUCCAAUAUGAAAACCACUUGCUGGCCAAUGGAUUUGACAACGUCCAGUUUAUGGGCAGUAAUGUGGUGGAGGACCAGGACCUGCUGGAGAUUGGGAUCCUCAACUCGGCCCACAGACAACGUCUCCUGCAGGCCAUACGGCUGCUGCCAAGGGUGCGGCCCAUCGGCUACGAUGGCAACAACCCCACGUCAGUGGCAGAGUGGCUGGAGUCGUUGGAGCUCGGUGACUACACCAAGUCUUUCCUCAUUAACGGCUACACCUCCAUGGAGCUUGUCAAGAAGAUCUGGGAGAUCGAGCUCAUCAAUGUACUGAAGAUCAGUCUUAUCGGACACAGAAAACGGAUCUUGGCCUCGUUGGGGGACCGGCUACACGAAGACACCCCACAAAAACCUCCACGGGCCAUCUCCCUAAGGGAGCCCGGCGGGAACCACACUCCUCCCCAGCUCAGCCCAUCGGUGGGCCAGGCAGCGUACACGGCAGGGGUCCCGGGCGGAUCUCUGGACGUGCAGCACCUCAUCAUGCAGGCGGACGCCCGGCGCAGGCAGCGCAGCAAUGACAACUACUUCGAGGACGUGCCGCGAUCCAAGCUGGAACGACAGAUGGCCCAAGUCAGCAUGGCAGGCGAGUGGUGCGAGCCAAUCACGUUGCGUCCACCAAACGAGGCCACCUCGUCCACUCCGGUGCAGUACUGGCAGCAUCAUCCCGAGAAGCUCAUAUUUCAGUCCUGUGACUAUGAAGCCUAUUACCUGGGUUCCAUGCUGGUGAAGGAGCUGAGAGGGACCGAGUCCACACAAGAUGCUUGUGCCAAAAUGAGGAAGUCGACAGAACAGAUGAAGAAAGUGCCGACUAUCGUACUCUCGGUAUCCUACAAAGGAGUGAAGUUCAUCGAUGCCACAAAUAAGAACAUCAUAGCAGAGCAUGAGAUUCGUAACAUCUCAUGUGCAGCUCAGGAUCCAGAGGAUCUGUCUACAUUUGCAUACAUCACCAAAGACCUCAAGUCCAGUCACCACUACUGCCACGUUUUCACUGCUUUUGAUGUGAACCUGGCGUAUGAGAUCAUCCUUACACUGGGCCAGGCCUUCGAAGUGGCCUACCAGCUGGCUCUGCAGGCCAGAAAGAGUGGCCACGGGUCGUCCACACUGCCCGAGAGCUUCGACAGCAAGCCCAGCAAACCUGUCCCCAAACCCCGCGUCAACAUCCGCAAAUCUAUGGAGCAACCGUCCAUGGACCAGAAGGGCCACGCCAACGUGCCGUGGAUUGUGGAGCCGGGUCAGGAGGCCAAAAGAGGAGUCAACACCAAGUACGAGACCACUAUUUUCUAACAUACACCCGCCUUGUCCACUCCUGUGUGUGUGUGCCUUUCAGAGGUUUCCCUGUACCGGGGCCCUGCCCCGGAGUUGGGCUCAAGCGACGCACGCCGCCGCGUCACCUCACCGGCUGAAAAAUAAAAAACAAAACAUCCCGCCCCGCCCCCGUUAGACGAGCCUGUCCACUGCAUGAUGACAUUUGGCACUGCGCUGUCUCUCUUUCUCCUUGUCUCUUCUUCUCUUUCGUUUCUGCUCUCCCCCUCUUUGGCCCGGGCCCCAUCCUGCCUGCAGGGCUGGCGCAUGGCCUUUGAACCCAGGUCUGUGGUGCACUUCUGUCUCCACCUGUAGGGGGAAUGGUCAACUCAGUUAUUCCACUUCCUGUUUGUCGGUCUGUCAGCGGUCAACCAGUGGGUUGUUCUGCUUUUUGUUUCUGCUUCCUGGUGAUGGGUGUAACCGUUUGGCUUCGUCUCUCUCCUUUUUUAUCCUCCAACUGCCUCCAUCCCUCGCUUUUAUCUACAUUUCAGCCCCUCUGUCCAGCUGCCCCCUGACAACUUGAAUGAGAUUAGAAACCAGAAUACUGCUAAGAGCCGAAACAGUGUUUUAGCUGUCUGUUGAGCCCAGUGUGGGAGCUGACAAUGUUGAGGGCUGUUGUCUAAACAUGACAACUGGAGGAAAGGUUCAGACUUUUUAAACAUUUUUUAAUCAAAGAGGAGAGGUGAUGUAGCACAGUCUAACUUUGACUCAAACUGGUUCAUCCAGCAGGCUACUAGAAUGUAUUUCAACUUUUUGAUUCUUUAUAUCAGAUUAUUUUUUUGAAAAUACUAACAAACUUGUGAAUUUCUUUGACAAACAACUUUAAACUUGACCUGUGACACAGGAAGAUAUAGGUGAUUUUUUUGCUUUUAUAGCACCUUUUUCAGCACGUGUGUAUAUGUUUAGAAUUAUUUUAACCACAUGGAUUUUUCCCUGGCCAUAAAUCUAAUUUUAUUUGGGGGAAGAAAAUAUUGUAUGUAAAAGGUUUAGCAUGUGGCUUGUGAGACGCAUGGUGGCCAUUUUGGAUUUGCUGAGCAGGGGGGCCGGUGGAGAGGCGGGGUGUGAGGGCUCUCUCGAUAAGUGAUGUCAUCUCAUUGCAGGGCAAUGCCGGACGCUCAUGUCUAUUACUGUGGAAUGCAAAGAAUGUAGCCAGCCCUAAACACGGACCUUGUCACACAUACAAUGCAAAAAGGACUACAAAGGACUACAAACAUGGAUGCCACUCCACAGUGUUUAAGGUUGACUACAAAAAUUUUAACAUCAUUCAUCCACAUGAUGCUUGACACAGUAAACAUUGGACCAACAGACACUUGCACACACACACACUAACAGGACUGCAUCUUGACAGACGACGAUCUGCUCUGAAUGUACACUUAUUUGAAAGCAGCCUCAACUUUCUGCAACUACAGCAGGAUCUGUUUUAUGCAGCCAGAUGGGAGGCAUGACCUUUGAACUUUUGGGAGGUUACAGGGCAUCUGUUGGUAACAGACAAUGGGCUCAGUAAAGGCACCACUGGGCAUGUGUCAAUGUUGGAAUGGGCAUGGGUUCGAGGACAUCUGGCUGGCUCUUUCGGUCUUUUUAUUUUCUUUAAAGUCAGAAAAUAAUACAGAGAUAUAUGCACAAGCGUGUACAUGUGAUUGGACUAGCUGCAACACGCUUAAGCUGCAACAGGUGUGUCCUGAUGACUCGUGUGUCAUAAUGGAUGAUGAACCUAUGUGAACAAAACUGCAUCUGAUGUUUAAAAAAAAAAAAAAGUAUUCUAUUCGUAUUGCCCGACAUUUUAAUGUUUAAUAUGAGAGUAUUAUAUUACCAUGAUGAUUAUGAUUAUUCUUGUGCAAUUCUUGUCUACUGUUGUCUUAAUGUUACAUUAUUUUUCUAUGACAUGCUGAAAUGAAAACCUUGGGCUUGAGAAUGAUGGCCAUCCUUUAAAAAAUCUCAAACUAGAUGAUCAUACUUAUACACAGAGAGUGAAUGUUGCAGGUGGCUAGCUAACUCUUGUCAGGUCAACCCUCCAUCAUUUCUCAUGGGGCUCUACUCUUAUCUAGCAGAUGUACUAUUUUAAACGCAGUAUUACUGUAUUAUUUGGAUGAGACAUUAUCCAAUUAUAAAAUGUACAUAGAUAUUUUGCCAACUCAUUGUUCAUACAUGUAAUGUAAAAGAGAAAAGAAUAAAGGAUUUACAGUACAUGGCACUGGAAACAAGGUACCAAAAUAAUGGUUGGAAAUAAAAAAUUUAAAAAAACAAGUGGUAGAUUGUAGAGAUUGUAUUUUGAGUGAAAACUGAAAUGGGUUAUUUGGUGACAUCACUGCUGACCAACUAAUGUACAUAGGCUUGGGCUUCCAGCACACUGAUUUUUGUAAUUUUGGCCAUUAUUUAUAUCCUUGUAAAGCACAUGGAAUAAAAUAUGACUUGUACAACCA